AUGAACGAUAACAUUCACGCCCCAACUGUUGCCUCUGGACCGACGUCCGGGGUCACUCCCCGCGAUCUGUCCAAACUGUCGAUGCCAGAUCUGAUGCAGGAGAAAGAACGCAUCGAGGCGGAAUUGUCAGCUCUUAGUAGCGUCCUCCAGUCGCAUGGAGUCCGCAUGACUUCGUCUCUCACAACCUUCGACGGUUUCCCCCGUGAUGAUAUUGACAUCGCGCAAGUACGCACAACGCGCGUGCGCAUUAUUCACCUACGGAACGACCACAAGGAGGUGAUGCACCUCCUCGAGAAAGGUGUCCAUGCGCAUUUCGCCAACCUACAAAAUACGCAAGACGCUGGCCCAACCACAAAUGGCACUAACGUCCCACCGGCUGUGCAAUCGUUGACAAAUAACACCGUGUUGGGGACACCGUUCGCCAAGGUCAAUAGCGUGGUUUCGGGAAGUCCAGCAGACCAAGCGGGACUGAAAGCUGGCGAUGCAAUUCGAAGUUUUGGGAAUAUAAAUUGGCUGAACCAUGAGCGCCUUGCUAAGGUAGCUCAAGUGGUCAAAGACAACGAAGGGCGGGUGGUAUUGGUCAAAGUCUCUCGGAAGACUGAUGAAACGAACACUGACACCACAGUGGACUUGGACCUCCAGCUCACCCCUCGGCAAAAUUGGGGCGGCCGUGGCCUGCUAGGAUGUCACUUGGUUCCCUUAUAA